GUAUUGUCUGCUAAUUUCGUUGCUAAGAAACUCCUUAAAAUAAGAAUAAGCUUUUCCUCUAUAGUAAUCAUAUCAGUCUGAAGCAAUUUUUUGUUGGUUAUAAAAUAAUAUUUGUCUUUCGUCUUAACUGUGAGUUACUUUCUCAUAUCUGAUGGGCAGAAAUAUAGUUAAUCAAAUAAUUUCGCUUGGCUCUUUAUAAAAAUAUUUAAUAUGCAUUCUCGGGCUCAUUUAAUUAUUGAAAGAGAAAUAAACGACAUUAAAGAGAAAAAACCAAGGGGUAUAUACGUUGAACCAAUAAGAGAUGAUAGUCUAUUUGAAAUAAGUGCUGAAUUAAGAGGCGAUAAAAAUGGCACUUGGGAUGGUGGAAUUUUCCGCAUAUAUAUAAGGUUUAGUGAACACUACAAUCAAAAACCUCCUCAUGUGUCCUUUCACACUAUUCCUUUUCAUCCUAAUGUUGAUGUAGUUCGUGGAAAACCAAGCCUUUCAUUCUUGGAAGAAGAAACCUUAUGGAAUCCUAAUGAACAUAAUUUAAUGGUAAUAUUAACGUCUCUGCAAUAUUUACUGGAUAAUCCAGACCUAGAAAGAAUUGCCAACCCUCAAGCUGCUGAAUUAUUAGAGUAUGCUCCGCAAUCUUAUUUUAAGAUGGUUAAAGAAUGUGUUUCAACUAGUCAAAAAUUAAUGGGAUUGAAAGAUGCUCUAGAGAUUAAUUCAACGUUAGUGGGUCCUCCAAAAAAGCAACAAGUAGAAAUAAUUAGAGAGCCGGGAGCUAUACAGCCAACAGAAGAGGUAGCAAAACUAGCUUUACUGGAAGCCCUCGAAAAUGAUCCAACUAUGCAGUGUAUCCAUUUAGGAGUAACAUUAGAUAGAUUACGCCAAGAACUGGAGGAGAACGAAAGGAACAAACCAACUGUAACAUCAAAGCCGCCAAAUGCCAAGAAGAGCUCAAGAUUAAAGCAGGUAAACAAAAUGAAAAGGAUAUAUCUUCAAGGAGCAACAAAGCAAAAAUAUCAUAUAAAUGAAUAUUCAUCCGGUGAGGAGGAGUUUGAAGAAGAAGUAAACAAUCUUGUUGAAUGGACAGAAGGACUUGAUGAAGAAGCCUUAUAA